UGUUGUGUGGGUAGGCGCUAACGUGCAGCAUGGCGAACGAUGGAGAAAGUAAGAGUGCAGCAGCUGACAUCAGUGGCGGACAGGGCGCGACAGAGAACACGGAAGCAAGCCUCUGGCUCACUCGCAUGCUGCUCAAUGUUAGCAUUUUAGCGCUCUUGGUAGCUGUCUGUUACGGGCUUUACCGGCGGUGGGGAAAGCGGCUCGGCGCUGACGCGGCCCAGGGGAGCGAGGCCUUGUGUCUGCCCAAGAUGAGGAGACGUGACUUCACUCUGGAGCAGCUGGCCGAGUACGACGGGGCGCGGAAUCCGCGCAUUUUAAUAGCCGUUAACAUGAAGGUCUUCGAUGUCACCAGUGGCAAGAAGUUCUACGGCCCAGAUGGACCCUAUGGGAUUUUUGCUGGCAGGGAUGCCUCCAGGGGCCUGGCCACCUUUUGUCUCGAGAAGGAUGCUCUGAGGGAUGAGUACGAUGACUUGUCGGACCUGAACGCUGUGCAGAUGGAAAGCGUGCGGGAGUGGGAGAUGCAGUUCAUGGAGAAGUACGACUACGUAGGCCGGCUGCUGAAACCAGGGGACGAACCGUCUGAGUAUACGGAUGAGGAGGACAUCAAGGAUCACGUGAAGCACGACUAAACGGCACACAUGACCAAAGUUCGGACCUGUGACAGCUGCAGCCGCCUGGGGGCCUCCACGCCUUGCUCCACGUCCCCGUCUUCCUUGCCCUCCACUUGUCCUCUCCUCCUGGGCGGCUCCGCAGUGACCGUGCGCCGCCAGAUUGCAUCUAGGCCUCGAGUCGCGCUCCCGUGGCGCACGCGUGCACCGAUGCUCGGGGCUCAUUGGGGUUUCAGUGAUUCACUAUGUCUGCUUUUUUUUAUUCAGUAGCUUUUCCUUCAUGUGUCAGUUACGUGUCAUGUCAUGGAAUGCCAUGGAAGCGUUCACACAGUUCCUAGGCGGUAGGUGAGUUACUGGGAGAUGGUUCUGCACUUUGGGACCCUGGGCAGGGCUUGGGAUGGGGUGGAUGGGGGGCUGGGGAGGGCUGGGCAUUUUUCCUCUCGUUUGCAUACACUUCACACACGUGUAACACCCGCGUUUAAUUUGCAGCACUUCUCAGUAGUCUAUACUGUGACCAUCGUGUCUGGAUGGACCUCCUUGGGGCCUCUGCCACUGGGUGUCUUUUAUCUGCGUGUGUUUGUUUGUGUGUGUGUGUGUGUGUGUGUGUCGUAUGCACGUCCAGUGUCUCGAUUCAUCACGGCGCCGUUCCUCCCAUCCAGGUCGACAGUCCCUGACACUCGUUGCUUCAGAGUCUCUUGCGCAGAGUUGCGCGUCGGAGGGAAGGAAGGUCACGUGUGUACCGUUGGCGAAGAGGUGUUACUUUGGCAGUUCCGCAUCAACUGUUUACAUGCAAUACAUCAGCUGGAAGUCUGUAUCCCCAAAAUGGUAUUAAUUGUGCCUUAUUUCAGUUGUUUUCUACUGAACCGGAAUCGGUCACAGCAAAUAAGUUUGCUUCCCUGUAAUAUGCUUGCUGGGAAGGGUCGUUCCUCAACCGCGGUUCAGGCUCGCCCUGCUCUCGUCCAUCUCUAAUGCUCAGUGAAUAUUCCUGACACCACUUUGUAUGUAGACGUUUCAAACUGCGUUCAGUGUUACUGCCAUAUUUAUGUAGUUGAUGGAAUCCAUUCUACUGUGUUGCAUCGGCCAAAAAUCCAACACUUGAUGUACUUUUCCUUUUUUAAGCUUUGUUUUUGUUGCAAGUUAUUUUAAAAGUGUGGGGAUGCCAGAGUGGUGUAUUGAAGUGGUGUGCAGAGAGGCCUGGGAACCUGUAAAUAAGUGUACCAUUUUAUUAAAGCAUGUACAACAGCCAUGGGCUAUGCUGAAUUCCAACUCCAUGUAUUUAUAUAUCCGUGUGUGUGUGCGUGUGUGAGAGAAAGAGAGCACGUGUGUGUCUCUCUCAAACUAAGGGACGUGAACAGUAAUAGUCUGGUUAAGAACAGUUUUGUUGGUUUGAUAUUUAGUUUAGCGGGAAUGUCUCUCGAUGUUCUUAGCAUUCAGGUAUCACUUCUCUUUUCCACAGCCAUCGAGUUUUUUUUUUUUUUUUUUUUUUUUUUUGCGUUUUGCUUACUGCCGUGGGGCCUGCUCUGACACACAGGCACUAGGUUACCGUGGUGUCCUUCACCGUUUUCCACUCUGAUUGUUGCUCAUUCUGGGGGAAAGAACAAAACCAAAAUUACACUCAUUGUAGGUGGUGGUGGAUCUCCACAUACUGUUCUUCUAGACAUGCACCUGUGGUGACUUGCUACUCGGACACAAAUGAGUGUGUUGAAAUCAUAACAGUCGAUAGUGACCGGCUGAAACGGAGGAAAAAAACUUGGAAAUCGUUUAUAUUUUGUGUGUUUUUGAUGGUUUUUCUGUACAUCACUGGUCUGGAAGGUGAGUAACGGUCUUAACAUUGUGGUCUAGGGUUGCUGGGUUUUACUUUCUUCUGCCUUGCCUUUGUUCCUUCAUUUUAUUCUGAAUCUCAUUUGAAAACAGCUUCUUCCUAAAAUUAGCAGUCAGUCUACAAUUGCCUGGGUUGUGUCAACACUGCUGUGGCCAUCAGCCAUUUUUGCUCUGUAGAACAUUAUUUAUAGUUUUACAUAUUGUGGAAGCUGCCCAGUCUAGCUGUAAUGGUCCUGAUGAAUUUGUAACUGUUUGGUGUUUUUGUCUCUUACUAUACAUGUUUAACAUCUUUUUAGGUUUUGUGCCCAAAACUGAAGUUGAAUGAAUAGAUGUUCAGACAAACUGCGUAUCAGAAUGCCUUGAGGUUGCAAUAAAGAACUGUUAAUAAAAA